ACUUUCAUUUAUUUUUGCUCUUAGUUCUUUAUGUUAUUAUAUUUUAUAAAAUUAAUAUUAUAUUGGAUUGGAUAAUUAAAUCAGUUAUAAUGAUGUCUGUAGCUUCCUAAAAUUGCGAUUGCCGACUGUUGCAAAAUCUACACGUCACAAAAAUGAAAUCCAAUUCGAAAAAUUCGUCUGGUUAAGGUGCAUAACCGAAAGAUGCAAUCGAAUACGAAAACGAAGGAGAUGUUCAUUUUAAGGGCUUUGGAGAAAAUUUUAAACGACAAGGAAAUUAAGCGAUCUAAUCACUCUCAGCUCAAAAGGGCAUGUGAAGCUGCCUUGGAGGAGCUCCGAAAGGAAACUCAGCUCCAAACUAUCUCUAGUGAGGAUGAAAAAGAAAAAAUAUCAGACGCUUUGCCUUUACCAAAAAGCGGCGAUGCCAAUUCUUUGACAACCGAAAAAUACUUUCUACCAUUUGAAUUAGCGUGCCAAAGCAAAUCUGCCAGAAUUGUAACAACUGCCCUUGACUGUUUGCAGAAGCUCAUAGCUUAUGGACACUUGACAGCUAACAUUGUCGACUCUACCACACCGGGCAAGUUACUGAUUGACAGAAUUGUGGAGACUAUUUGCGCCUGUUUUACGGGUACCCAAACCGACGAAGGUGUGCAGUUGCAGAUAAUCAAAGCACUUCUCACUGUGGUGACAAGCCAGCAUGUGGAGGUGCAUGAAGGUACUAUACUGCUCGCCGUUCGGACAUGCUACAAUAUUUUUUUGGCUAGUAAAAAUUUGAUUAACCAAACCACAGCUCGAGCAACCUUGACCCAAAUGCUUAAUGUCAUAUUCACUCGUAUGGAGAACCAAGCAUUGGAGGCUGAAAUUAAUUUGGAAUUGCAUACUGCUUCUACACCUAAUGAUGUCAAAGUUAUCACAAUUCCUACUGACGGAGAGGUUAACUAUUCAGACGAGGAAACAAAACAAAAAGCAGUAGGAACUGAAAAUGAAUGUGGGGUUGAUGAUAUUUUGGACGCCAUUCUCGACGGAGUCAUGGCCGAUGUGGAGGCGAGGCUUAGUAUGUCAGGGUCUUUGAAUUCCAUUGAAGACCCCGAAACUAAAAGUCUGUCUUCUAUCACGAGGGUACCGUCGCAAGAAAGUAUGGACGCUCACAGCGAAAACGACACGGCUGUGACAGCAAAAUUCACCCACGUCCUCCAGAAGGAUGCUUUCCUAGUGUUCCGCGCCUUAUGCAAACUGUCAAUGAAACCUCUUCCCGAAGGCACUCCAGAUCCCAAGUGGCACGAGUUGCGUUCCAAAAUCCUCUCCCUUCAGUUACUGCUUUCGAUACUUCAGAACGCGGGUCCCGUGUUUCGUUCGAACGACAUGUUCAUCACGGCAAUCAAGCAGUACCUCUGUGUCGCGCUGUCUAAAAAUGGCGUCAGCUCGAUACCGAAAGUGUUUGAGUUGUCUCUGGCGAUAUUCUUAGCGCUGCUGACAAAUUUCAAACUUCACCUGAAGAUGCAGGUCGAGGUAUUCUUCAAAGAGAUAUUUCUCAAUAUUUUGGAGACUUCCAACUCUUCGUUCGAACACAAAUGGAUGGUGAUGCAGGCUUUGACCAAGAUAUGCGGCGACGCCCAGUCUGUCGUCGACAUUUACGUUAAUUACGACUGCGAUUUGACCGCGGCAAACCUCUUCGAACGUCUGGUUAGUGAUUUGUUCAAGGUAGCGCAACGUAAGCACUCGCAGGAGAUGGGCGUGUCGCCCAACCAGGAAAAAACCAUGAGGCUUAAAGGGUUGGAGUGUUUGGUGUCUAUUUUGAAGUGCAUGGUGGAGUGGAGCAAGGAUUUGUAUGUCAACCCGAAUCUGCAGAGCACUGUGGGCGAACAGGAACUUAAAGAGAAGGACAGUGUUUCAUUGAAGAGUCACGGAGGAAGCACCAAUAGUCUUAACUCGAGCGAUAGCGGGAAUAAGGAGGUUCUUGAUUCGCCCGAACAAUUGGAAGUUCUUAAGCAACAAAAGGAGGUUUGGGAAACGGGUAUCGACAUGUUUAACCGCAAACCCAAAAAGGGCCUGACCUACCUCCAGGACCACGGGUUGCUGGGCGGAACCGUGGAAGAGGUGGCCAAAUUCCUACAUGCCGACGAGCGCCUAGAUAAAACCAACAUCGGUGACUUUUUGGGCGACAACGACGACUUCAGCAAGGAAAUCAUGUACACGUAUGUUGACCAAUUGGACUUUGUCAACAUGGAUUUUGUGGCCGCCUUGAGAACGUUCCUCGAUGGCUUUAGGCUGCCGGGGGAAGCACAGAAAAUCGACAGACUGAUGGAGAAAUUUGCGAGCCGUUACUGUGAGUGCAACCCGAACAACGCGUUAUUCUCGAGCGCGGACAGCGCGUACGUCUUGGCGUUCUCCAUAAUAAUGCUGACCACGGACCUCCAUUCGCCCCAGGUGAAAAACAAAAUGACCAAAGAGCAGUACAUUCGAUUGAAUCGCGGCAACACCGAGUGCAAGGAGGUGCCCGAAGAGUACCUGUCCCAGAUUUACGACGAGAUCGCCGGCCACGAGAUUAAAAUGAAGAACACGGUGAACAAGCCGGGCAAACAGCAGCAAAUCAACAACGAGAAACGCAGGAAGACGCUGUUCAAUAUGGAAAUGGAAGCGAUGUCGACCGCGGCGAAAAACCUGAUGGAGUCGGUGUCGCACGUCCAGGCGCCGUUCACCACCGCGAAGCAUCUCGAACACGUGAGGCCGAUGUUCAAGAUGGCGUGGACGUCGUUCUUGGCCGCGUUCAGCGUCGGUUUGCAGGACUGCGACGACCCGGAAGUCGCGACCCUUUGCCUGGAAGGGAUCAGAUGCGCGAUCAGGAUCGCUUGCAUAUUCCACAUGACGCUCGAACGGGACGCGUAUGUCCAGGCGUUGGCGAGGUUCACCUUGUUGACCGCCAAUUCGCCCAUCAUGGACAUGAAGUCCAAAAAUAUCGAAACGAUCAAAACGCUGAUCACCGUCGCGCACACCGACGGCAACUACUUGGGCACCUCGUGGCUGGAUAUACUCAAGUGCAUUUCGCAACUGGAACUGGCACAGCUGAUCGGUACGGGUGUGCGACCGGAAUUUCUCUCCGGUCCCGGACACAAACCGCCCGAUCCCAGUAACAAAGAACAGAUCAUCCAGACCAAUUCGCAGAGCGUUGUCGUCGCGGUCGAUCGUAUUUUCACCGGGUCCGUCCGCUUGGACGGCGACGCCAUCGUCGACUUCGUCAAAGCGCUGUGUCAGAUUUCGUCAGAUGAAUUGGCGCAUCCCGGCCACCCGCGCAUGUUCUCCCUGCAGAAGAUCGUCGAAAUCUCGUACUACAACAUGGGCAGGAUCAGGCUGCAGUGGUCGCGCAUUUGGCAAGUGCUCGGCGAACAUUUUAACGCGGUCGGGUGCAGCAGGAACGAGGAGGUGUCCUUCUUCGCGGUCGACAGUCUGCGCCAGCUCUCCAUGAAGUUCAUCGAGAAGGGCGAGUUCUCGAAUUUCCGCUUCCAGAAGGAUUUCCUGCGACCGUUCGAGCACAUAAUGAAGAAAAACGUGUCGCCGACGAUACGGGACAUGGUCGUGCGGUGCGUCGCGCAAAUGGUCAACUCGCAAGCUAGCAACGUCAAGUCGGGCUGGAAGAAUAUAUUUUCGGUCUUCCAUUUGGCCGCGGGCGAUCAGGAGGAGGCGAUAGUCGAGCUGGCGUUUCAGACCACCGGGAAAAUCAUCACCGAACUGUACGAUCGGCAGUUUCCGGCGAUGAUCGACUCGUUCCAAGACGCCGUGAGGUGUUUGUCGGAGUUCGCGUGCAACGCCCGUUUUCCCGACACCUCUAUGGAAGCGAUCAGGUUGAUUAGGUCGUGCGCGCACAGCGUCAGCACCGCCCCGAACUUGUUCGUCGAGCACGGCGGCAUGGAGACGGACGUCGCGAUCACGGAAGAAGACCGGGUGUGGGUAAGGGGCUGGUUCCCUUUGCUGUUCUCGCUCACCUGCGUCGUCAAUCGGUGCAAGCUCGACGUGAGGACCAGGGCGUUGACCGUGUUGUUCGAAAUUAUCAAGACGUACGGCGACACCUAUCGGCCGCACUGGUGGAAGGAUCUGUUCAAGGUCCUGUUCCGUAUCUUCGACAAUAUGAAGCUGCCCGAAAAGCACGCGGAGAAGGCCGAAUGGAUGACGACGACGUGCAACCACGCGUUGUACGCGAUCAUCGACGUGUUCACGCAGUACUUUGACGUGCUCGGACCGUUGCUGCUCGAAGAGUUGUACGCGCAGCUGCACUGGUGCGUGCAGCAGGACAACGAGCAGCUCGCGAAAUCGGGUACCAACUGUCUAGAGAACCUGGUGAAUUCAAACGGGCACAAGUUUACAGAAGCGACGUGGGAGAAAACGUGUCAGUGCAUGGUGGACAUAUUCAAUUCGACGUUUCCGGCGGCGCUGCUCACGUGGAAGCCCGAAUCGAUGAAGACGACGGCGGUGAUCGAGAACAACGGCGACGUGAACACGAAACUGAAAGGGAUCUUGAAGAGGCCGAGCGGUGAUAGCGCGCAGGUGAACGCAGACGCCGCCCUGUUCGCGAGUCUCGAGAUCAAGAGCGUCGUUCAGCUGGAACUGAUUCAGACGAUCGAUAAUAUAGUUUUUUACCCGGCGACGUCGCGGAAAGAGGACGCGGAAACGUUGGCGCUGGCCGCGGCCGACAUGACGGGAAACGGCAACCUGACAGAAUUUCAACGCGAGGAGCAGGGCAUGUACAGGUUGCUCAGUUCGCCGCACUUGCUGCUGCUGACGGAAUGUUUGCUGCAAUCUCACAGGCUGGCCAAGUCGUUCAAUUUGGAUCACGAGCAGCGACACCUGCUAUGGAAAGCGGGAUACCGCGGCUCGGUGAAACCCAACCUCCUUAAACAGGAGACCCAAAGCUUGGCUUGUCUGCUGCGCAUCCUGUUUAAAGUGUAUUGCGACGAGGGACGGCGUGAACACUGGGGCGCCGUCGAAAACGUCUUGAUCGGAGUGUGCCAGGAGGCGUUCGACUACUUUCUGCGACUACGCAGCGAGGCGCACCGCGAGGCCUGGACGUCGUUGCUGCUGCUGGUCCUAACCAAAUUGCUUAAGAUGCCCGACAGCAGGUUUGCGGUGCACGUGUCAAAGUAUUACCUCCACUUCUGCGACAUCGUGUGCUUAGAUCUCAAGGCAGAGUUGAGGUCCAUCCUGCGCAGGGUUUUUCUCAGGAUAGGACCGGUGUUUCACAUAACCACCUAGCCGAUUGGUGGGUGGUCGAUCAGUUUUGAAUGGCAGUAGGGAUGGAGAUGAGCAAAGAAAAUAAUUUGUUUCGAGAUACAACAUGUGGAGUCGACUCGGCUGAAGAUAGCUGCGAAAUUGGAUAUACUAAAUCGUUUAGGGAUUAGUUCCUUCUAGAAAGUAAAAGGUUGAAUUUGCCAGAAGAUGUAAGUGGCGACAUCGAUAAGCAAGGAUGCUGCGUACCUAUACCGUGUUUAACAAAUUUUGUUUAAAUAUUAGCUAUUUAUAUUCUACAUAGCACGCAAAUUUUAAUACGUUGAAUUUUUUAGUCGAAAUUCCCUGUAAAUAAAGGUA